CGACGAUAGGCAGGACCCUGCAUGCGAUCUGUUGGAUUGACGUGGGAUGACACAGCCAAUCACUUGUGCCUAUUCUAGAAACCAACGUGUUCUAUACACAAGGCGGAUCUAAUGCUGCAGGCGUUUGAGCAAGUUUGCGCGGAUUUAGGAUCUCCAUGGCGUCGGAUUACUACACAACAAUGUCAUUUUGUGCCACGCUCCUUGGUCCUGCAACUACGGAUCUCGCGACAGCACGUGGAACUCACGUGUGACUCCACCAGGGCCUCCAUGCCUCUGCAUUAAAACAAUCGAUCUCGCAGCUCCUGUAAAGCAUUUUCGUGGUCAAAUCACGUUGCGGUAAGGCACGAUGAGCCAACCAACCUCUGAGCUGCCGCGUCUUGCGCUCAAGGACGAGACAGUCACCUCUGUACACUCUGACUCCGAUCCCGAACAAAAUACCAGCCAGAGCGAGAUCGAGGAGGGCGAGCAAGUACUCAGCACACGCAAGGCCUUGUGGGCAUGGAUCAUUUUAUGCUUCUCGACUGGUCCGACGAAUGGCAUGGUCAAUCAAUACGUAACAGCGAGCAUUCAAGCCGCUGCGAACGCUGUUGGACGAGUGCCAGGCACCGAUAAACCUUGCGCCACGCGCGGCAACAUUCAAUGCGUUGUGAAGUUCGGCGGGACUGAUAUCGAUUAUCUCAGCUACCUUCUUUAUUUGCGGGCUAUCAGUCGCGCCGUGGAAGGAGUCGUCUCGAUCUUCACCGCGGGCCUCGCAGACUUCUCCGGUUACCGCAAAACAAUGAUGAUGCUCUCAAUUUACCUAUUUGGCGCAGUAGCCCUCCCUUUUGCUGGACUCACGACCAAGUCAUAUCCAUAUUUGAACGCGCUCUCCACACUCUACGUCAUCAUCAAUGCUGUCAGCGGGCUCUACACCGUGACUGAAGCUUCAUACAUCCCGAUAUUCAUGCGUACGGCAGGUCUGGAGCGUGAACGACAGCGUCUCGAUGACGCCCCUCGUCCCAGCGCAUCUCUGCUCAAAGGCAGCAAAGUUAGUGUCCUUGGGCUGGUUGCAGGGAAUGUUGGCGCACUGGUCGCUCUGCUCAUUGGUGUCAUCAUCACCUAUACUCGUGGGAACUUCGUGCAGGCUGGAUAUUUCAACUUCCUUUUGGCAAUCACGAUUGGAGGAUGCCUGACAAUACUGUUUGGCGCCGUGGGCCAUUACAUGCUUCCAAGCAUACCAGGUCGGAAGCGCCCGGAUGGCGUCAAUCUUCUCCUACUACCGUGCAUCAUGUGGUACAAAAUGUUCCGAUCACUCCUUCAAUACCCCGAAGCAUUCAAGCUGUGCAUCGGCUGGGUGCUUUGGAAUACUGGCUACAGCAACUUCCUACAGCUUCUCGGCGCAUUGUUCUUCGAAUCGACAGGUCUUGAUCGCGGAAGCGGUACAUACACAGUGUACUCCUUCAUGCUGGUAGUCUUCGCUUGCGUGGGCUCACUCAGCUGGCUCUUCGCCUUUCCCUACACCCGUCUGCAUAUCAAGACCUGGGCAUACUGCUUCCUAGUCGUCAACAUCAUUUGUGUCUUCUGGGGAUGCCUAGGCAUCAGCAAGAACGUUCCGAUUGGAUACAAGUACCAGGCCGAGUUCUGGGUGGCCAUCUUCUUGUUCAUGAGCACGAGCAGCGCCCUCCGCUCGCUUAACCGCGUCAUGUUCGCCUCGAUCAUCCCUCGAGGCUCGGAGGCGCUAUUCUUCGGGCUGGAGAUUACGUUGGAUCUUGCGACCGGCUGGGUCAAUCCGUUGGUCCAGGCGGUGAUCCAGAACAGGACAGGCAACUUGCGAUACCCUAUGUUGCCAAAUCUCUUCGUAAUGCUUGUCGCAUUAGGUCUGUAUCUUCUUUGCAAUGUCGACAAGGGAAUGGAAGAUGCGAGAAAGCCACUUCACCUGAAGUUUGCUUGGGACGUGGAGGAGCCCACACGGCGAGAGGAGCCGAGCGUGCGAUCGUAGACUUCGAAUACGAAACGUUGCUUUGUUGCCUUGAAGACAGUCAAUCUCCAUUUUCUUAUCUUAUUCUAAAAUGAGACUACUAAUGAGGUCCGAAUUUGAAGACCUCUGAAUAUUUAGGUGUAUGUAAAGU